AUGGCCAACCCCGUAGGCGAAGAUGACUGGCUUGCCUACAUCCAAGAGACUACUCGAACCGCCUCCGAUCUCGAGCAGCGCGUCAAAGUUGUCGAGGAGUAUAAGCGCGCCGUCGGUGACGAGCCCGGAAGCAUGCGUCUAUGGCUUGCCUAUUGCGACUAUUUCUGGCAUCUGUGGGAAAGCAGCAACUCCAACGACGCUGGCUGGUCUGAAGAGGAACAGAUGCUAGGUCGAGAGAUCUUUUCCUUCAAGGCUGCCCUGGACCUGUGGCAGCAAGGCUAUGAGGCGAUCAAGUAUCGCCUGAGCGACAGUCAUGAGCUCUGGGAUCUCUGGAUGUCUUUUGAAAAGGAACAGUUUGUCAACAGCAGGACACCAGAGGGCCUCCGUCGCAUCACCCAUCUUUACCGCCAGCGUUUAGCUACGCCGCAUUUAAACUGGGAGGAAACUUCACAAGCAUUUUCGAGCUUUCUGUCGGAGUAUAAUCAAUCGGAAUGGGAGAAAUCCAUGCAAGAAAUCACCGCCAACGCCCAGGCUACGAAGAAAGCCGUCCAAGUACGCGAUCCAUUCGAAUUUCAACUGAAACAAGUCCAUCGUAACGGCGAUGUCGAAGCACAAAAGGCCAAACUACGGGAAUACCUUGAUUGGGAGGUGCGAGGGAUGAAGAGACGCCAAGACGGCGCCGAAUUAAAUCGGAAUAUUUGCGCUGGGCUAUUCGACAGAGCUCUGACCGGAUUGUUUGCGACCGACGAGGACGCCUGGCAUGACUACAUCGUAUUUCUCUCUUCAUCGAUGUCCGACUUUCAAUCUGCGGCCGAGGACUUGCUAGAUGCGUCACGCAGGUCAGUUCUUCAUUGUCCGUGGUCAGGGCGGCUUUGGAGCAGAUACAUUCUAUGUGCCGAGGAGGCAAACCUAGAAUUUGCAGAUAUUGAGUCUAUCAAGCACACUGCUACAAGUAAUGACCAACUGUACAAGAACGGCAUGGAGAGUAUGAUUAAAGUGUAUGAGGCUUGGUGCGCGUUUCUGAAGAGAAGGGCACUUAAACCCGCUGCCUCUGAUGACGCUGCCGAUGUCGCAGAGGUUGGCCUAAGGGCUGCCAUUGAAGACGUUGAAAUCACAGGGAAGAGGCUCUACGGCAAAGAAUUCCAGGGUGACCCAAAGUAUCGACUGGAACGCCUCUAUAUUCAGUAUUUGACGGAAAAGAAGGGCGCCAUCAAAGACGCCAGGGCACAGUGGAAAAAGCUUGAGCAUAGAAGCGUUCACGCCGACAGCUACGACUUUUGGUUCAACUAUUACACUUGGGAGAUGCUCGCAUUCUCUAAACAGAAUCAUAGCGAAAAUGUAUCACCACACGGCGGCCUCCAUGUCCCUUCGGCAGCAACCGCAGUGCUGUAUUCCGCCGCAACCCGCAAGACUAUCGAUUGGCCAGAGGGGGUGCUUCAAAUGUAUCAGCAACAUUGCAACAAUUACGAGCUGCCGGCCUCAGUGCGUCAGGCAGAUGACUUUGUUAAUAAGACGCAAAAGAUCAUUGCAUACCGCCGAAAGAAACAGGAGGAGCAACAAGCUGUGCAGGAUGCUGCCUACUACGAAAGUGAGGCUCAAGCUCAAACACAAACUCAGAGGAAAGGGGUCGAAUCCAGCGAACAGUCCGUGUCUAUUGUAGAUGCUUCAUCUUCACCGAGCGAACCUAAGAGGAAGCGCGAGUCCCCCGCAGACACACAAGACGACGAUGUAGAGAAUGCGAGUAAACGCCAAAAAAAUGAUGACCAAAUAUCCGAGACUGCCGAACAACCCACCAAAAGAGAUAGAGAACAUUCAACUGUCAUUGUUACCCAGCUACCAGCAGACGCUACGCAAACCGCAGUUCGCAAAUACUUCAAGCCCUACGGACAUAUCAAUAACAUAACCGCUUUCAUAAAAGAAGAAGAUGGCCAAUCCACCACGGCCUUGGUUGAAUUUGGCUCGGCAGAAGAAGCACAGUCCGCCCUUCUCAGAGACGCCAAGUAUUUUGGCGAGUCCCAAAUCACUGUCCAGCCGGGCCACGAUCUCACAGUCUACGUCGCCAACUUCCCUCCCGCUGCCGACGACCAAUUCAUACGCGAUCUAUUCAAAGACUGUGGCGAUAUCCUGAGCAUCCGCUGGCCAAGCCUCAAGGUCAACACGCACCGCAGAUUUUGCUACGUUUCGUUUCGCGACAGAGACGCCUCCGCUAAAGCUGUUGCUAAAGAGGGAAAGCUUCUGGAAGGCAAAUACCGUCUUCUAGCAAAGUACUCUGAUCCUGGCCGCAAAAAGAACCGCGAGGGCGCCAUCGCAGAAGGUCGUGAAGUCCACAUCAGCAAUUUGGAUCUAUCAACCACAGAAGCCGAAAUCCGCUCUGUAUUUAGCAAAUUCGGGACCGUCCAGCGGGUGAACAUUCCACUGAACAUGGCGGGCAGGAAUCGCGGCUUUGCGUUUUUGGACUUUGAAUCCAAGGACCAAGCUGAAAAGGCAGUUGCAGAACUGAACAGCACCAAGUUCAAGUCUCAGAUUCUGAAGGUCGAGCUCUCAAAGGAGAGCAGGGUGAAACCAUUUGCUAAAACUGAAUUCCAGCGCGCAUCAGACUCGCCUGCCCCGUCUUCAUUGAAGGACGCCGAAGGCGACCAGGCAAUGGGCGACGCCGUCGCGGAGGGUCCUUCCAAACCAUCGUCUUCAGAAAUAGCCGCCCGAACCAUUGCCCUCAUGGGUCUCCCAGACACCGUAAACGACGCGCGUGUCAAGGCUCUCAUCGAGCCCAUGGGCUCCAUUGUCAAACUCGUCCACCAGCCAGGCCACGGAGGCGCCAUCAUCGAAUUCGCGGAUGCAGCUGCCGCCGGCAAAGCGGCCCUUCAACUCAAUAGCAUGGAGUACGAAGGGCACAAGCUUCGUACAGGAUCCCCCGAUGAACUACGUCAGAAUAAACCUGGCAAUAAGCCUGUGCAACAAAGCAGGCCAAAGGGGCUUAUGGCUCCGCCGCAGGCUACGAGACGAGCUGUCGGCAGACCUGGUCCAAAAAAAGGGUUGGGCUUUGCACCUCGGCCUGCGACGGCGACGGCAGCCAAACCUGUUGAAAAGGAGGGUGGGCCAAAGAGCAAUGCUGACUUCAAAACUAUUUUUUUGGCGGGCAAGAAGCAGGAUGAAGAAUGA